UGUGUCCGGGUAAGAUGGCGUUGGAAGAGCAGUGCUCGGCACCACCUCAAUGGCGGUCCAUAUCGUUGACACACGUAGAAUUCCCCGAGGGUGAUCUGACGGGACAUGUGCUGGCCUACAUCAGUCUCCUUCCCAUAGCAAUUCUUGUGGGUUUUGUUACACUCAUAGUAUUUAAACGGGAGCUGCACACGAUUUCCUUCUUCGGUGGGCUCCUCCUCAAUGAAGGGGUGAACUGGCUGCUCAAGCACAUUCUCAGAGAGCCGCGCCCAUGUGCAGGAACCCACUCCACCCUGCACACAGAUUAUGGGAUGCCCUCCAGUCACUCCCAGCUUAUCUGGUUCUUUGUUGUUUACUUCUUUCUUUUCCUUUAUUUAAGAAUGCAUCAAACGAACAAUGCUCGAUGUGUGGACUUGCUGUGGAGACACAUACUGUCCAUCAUCCUGUUGGGCAUGGCCUUAUCAGUCUCAUACAGCAGGGUGUACCUGUUGUAUCACACCUGGAGCCAAGUUUUCUACGGCGCCGUGGCCGGUAGUACGAUUGGCAUAGUCUGGUUCUUUUUCACACAAGAGGUGCUGACACCAAUAUUCCCCAAAAUAGCAGCGUGGCCAAUAUCAGAGUACUUCCUGGUGCGAGACACGAGCUUGAUCCCCAACAUCUUAUGGUUUGAAUAUACAGUGACCAGAUCAGAGGCAAGGAAUAGACAACGAAAGCUGGGAACAAAACUUCAAUGAUCUGCACAUUUUCUUUUAUGAAACUGAAUUUAGGACCACAAACACACAUUCACACAUGUCCCACACACACAAUCUCUAGUACACACACAGACAAACGCUCGCUCAACAGAAACACACUGGAGAACCAUCUUCUGGACUGACGCGGUUGCGAGGAGAACAGGGCGGAACCCGUUUACAGGAGUGCCUGGACCUGACCCGGAGCCUACAGCCUGAGCAAGUCCGUCCACACGCCUCUCCUCCUUGUACAGCUUGCCCACAAUGCUCUUCAGUGCAUGCAAGACUGUGCAAGAGGCAUACUAUUUAAGGAUAGAUUAAUAUAUAUAUUUUAACUAUAAACGCACGCUGACAGUAACAGUGUACUGUAAGGAGAUUGGAGGAUUCUGGCUCCGGUCAGACAUUGGUGGGCGUCAUUGCAGCAUGUAUUUAGUGAUUCCUUUUUUAACUCUUCUGAUGGAUAGCUGGUGGGGGAGAGGGGGGAGGGGGGUGGGUUAUGGUUAGGUUUUUUCCAUUUUUCAUUGUUAUAUAAUAGAAAAAGAACAAUUUCUUAAAAAUAUUGGUAAUGAUGUAAUAUACAGGAAAAUUUGCACUUUGUGAAAUUGAAAAAAGACGACUAACACUAGUUAAAUGUUAAGAUCCUCCCCUUGUUUUCCCUCAUCAGUCUUUGCUUUGUAUCUAUGACUGUCAGUCCUAAUGUAUUAGACUCCAAAGCUGAUCUGCAAGCUGUGUAAAUUUAAUGUACUAUCAAGCAUCCAGGUUGUGGUUUCUCUUCAUAUCCACGUGUGAGGAUUAUGAGACUGAAUCGCAGCAGCAGGUUUUCUGGUUGUUUUUUGUUGUUAAACACUUUGGACUGAGGUGUUUUUUUGUUUCUCUGAGCGCCUCACUCACAGUAGCAGCCUGGGAACCGAAUUCUGGGAAACGAUUCUCCUUUUUUUUAUUCUUUUAUCCUGUUUUUUUUUUUUUUUUUUUUUGCUGUUGCAGAGAACAGUUUUUUUAACUGCAUUUCCAAAAUAACAUUCCAUAUCACUUGGUGAGAAAACGUACACACUGACUGCCGAGGGGAUGUGUUUUCUUUUUUAUUAUUGUGGAAGAAAGGAAGAAAAAAAAAGCCUCAGGUCAGUCGUAGCAUGCGAUUAUGCUUAACAUCCUCACAGCCCACGGCAGCUGAUGUAGAAGGCUGCUGAGUGGGGAUCUGAAGCUGAUUUAAAACUGUCAUAUCAUUAGCUCCACAAAGGGAAGUAGUUCUCUUAGAAUUGAUUUUUUUUCCAUGUGUAACCUAUAUCAGGCUGAAUAAAAAUGUGUUUAUGUACGA